CCGCCCCGCACCAUCUCCUCCACCCCACACCUCCUCAUCCUCUUCAAGUCGGACUUCAACAUUGGUGGCAGGGGCUUCAAGGCCCAUUUCUACUCAGGCGAGUGCCAGGAGGUGUUCACUGCCGUCAAAGGGAAUUUCUCCAGCCCUCGGUACCCCAACUUCUACCCCAACAACCUCAAGUGCCAGUGGAGCAUCCAGCUGCCCCCCGGCUACCGGAUCAAGGUGUUCUUCUUGGACAUGGAGCUGGAGGGCCGGAGCAGCCUGACGGGCAGCUGUGACUACGACCACCUGGCUGCGUUCGAUGGUGGCACCGAGAACGGGUCCCUCCUGGGGCAGUGGUGUGGGCGGGAGAGCCUGGCACCCAUCACCUCCAGCAGCAACCAGCUGCUGCUGGUCCUCCACACCGACCGCAACACGGCCAAGAGGGGCUUCUCCAUCGCCUAUGUGGGAGUUGUGCCCAUGAAUGUCAGCUGCACCCGCACGGACUUCCACAUCCAGAUCCCUGUGCAGUCCCUGGCCCAGCUGGAGAGGAACAGGAUUUAUCUGGGGUCCCCCUCCUGUGUGGCCCAGGUGGUCGGCGGGAACUUUAAAAUACACACCAGGUUCGACACCUGCAGCACCGAAUCCCAGAAACGCAACAACACCUCCGUCAUCGUCAGCACCCUCUACAUCGAUUUUUCAGUGGGUGACCGGGAGGACAUCCACCAGUACGAGGUGCAGUGUGAGCCGAAGAGGAAGGAAGCCUCGGUCACCCUCAUUGCCGGACCCAACCCAUCCAGGCUCAGCCAGGCAGAAAACCUGGUGGAUGCCCAGCAGCGGGAGGGGGGAGCGGCGGAUACCCGGGAAAUUAAGAGCCAGGACACCAGCGACAUCGUCUUCAUCAGCAUCUGCAUUCUGGCUGGGCUCCUCAUGGUCGUGGCAGUGGUGGGGCUUGUGCUUCUGUAG